AUGGCAACACAACCCUUUACUGGUCCCUCUAGAACAGUUUGUGAAACUGAAACAGAGCUCCCACGAAAAGAAACUGAAACAGUGCUCCCACAAAAAGAAACUGAAUCAGAGCUCCCGCAAAACAGAACUAGUGAGGCAGAAAAUAGUAAUAACCGGACCUGCAACAUUCAGAAGAAUGUAAUUACCGCAACAGAAAGCAGAAACGUUGGGGUUUUCGACUUCAACAACGAAUAUCAUGAAGGUGGUGCUGUUGAUCAUCAUCAAGGAAGGAAGGGUCAAAACAAAACUGACUACAACAUUGAUGGCAACGAGGUUGAUUCAAAGAUGGGGAGUUUGUUGGGAUCGGAAAAUUUAGCAACAAGUACUUCAACCCGAGGAAAGAAGAAGGAACGAGCAAGAAGCCAUGGUAUCAGUUUUGGUAAAAAUAAACAAGAGAGAAAUGUCUACUAUUUGAAUGUGCAUGAAAAAUACGUUCUACAUGAGAAAAGUAGGGAUUAUGAACCCCGAAGUCAUAUGGGUCUUGAUCAAAAUCAUAGAAGGAUCAACCCCUAA